ACACACAAUCAUCCACGGUGCAAUCAUCACCACGCCACACAAACGAAACAAAACCGCCAAACCGUAUCUCAUUAGUUAGAAUACUGAGUUUGAAAUAUCAAGAGACAAAUUACGUCAUAAAUAAAUUGAAAAACGAACUUUAAUCGCUGUUGAAUUUUACCAAAUGCACUUCAAAACAACUGAUAUGUCUUUUAAAAAGUUAUGAAUAUGUGUAUUGAUUACACAUGUCGGCUUCAUUUUCUCUAAAUCAGUAAAUAUUAAAUUGAGUUCAGUCGAAUUACAGUUUUUUUGUUUGACGUCAUUUAUUUGUAUGGCCUAUUGUGUCACACACAUGCAUAUACUUGGGUAUUGAUAUUUAAAAAAGUAAAUACAUAGCUCAACAUAGCUUGUCUAUGUCUUAUGACCGAGUACCCUGAAUGGAACAUGGACGAAGGUCGAGGGCUAAUCAACAACAAUCAAAUAUAAGGAAAAGACACGCCGGCGCUGUGAAGAACUGUAUGAGAUCAAGAUUUCAAUUUGCUUGCUUAAAAAUUUAAUCUUGCUAAAUAAAAAUCAAGAUACAUAUCUGGUGAACAUCUUCAGGCCUCAACACUGCAUGCAGCCUACUCACCUGAUGUUGGUGCCCUGUGGACGAGUCACAUUGGCACGGGGAUGCCAGCAGCUGACUUAUGCCCGGCUGCUGCAUGCCUGCCAUCCCAGGCACAUCAGGGUGCCACUGCCGACCUCUGCUGUGGCGUGUGUUGAUGUCUCACGUCUGGCUAUUCAACGGUCAGGAGUACGGUCAAUCACACUCUCAGCACCUGAUUAUGCCAAGGGCAAGGAUAAGAAGAAAGAAAAAAAGAAGGGUGCGGUGAAGGUGGACGAGUCGGAGAUGGCCGAGCUGAUGGACGUGGAGGCAUUCCGCGGUCGGCUGGACGCCGUCCUCGACCGGCUCCGGGACGGCUUUAUCAAACAGUUCUCCGUGCGCACAUCCAUCGGCAGUAUCGAGACGCUGUCGGUGCCGUUUGAGGGCGACCACUACCCGCUGAACGAGUUGGCCCAGGUGGCGCGCAAGUCGGCCACCCUGAUCGUCAUCAACAGCAGCGCCUUCCCGCAGGCGGUGGGCGACAUCGUGCACGCGCUCCAGUCCGCCGGCAUGGGUCUCAACCCGCAGCAGGAGGGCACCACCGUCUACGUACAAAUACCAAAAGUAACGAAGGAGCACCGCGAGAGUUUGGUGAAAGGUGCCAAGAUGGCGUGUAACACCGCCAAGGAUAAGCUGAAAGAGGUGCAGAAUAACCAGCUGAGGGCGCUGAAGAAGGUCGACCACGUCUCCGAGGACCUGGUGCACAGUGUACAAAACCAGGUGACGGCAAUGGCGCACCAGUACAUGGCCGACGCUGAUGCCAUGCUCAAGACCAAGACGGCUGAGCUGCUGGGUGAAAAGUGAGUUCCGCUACCGGUCCAGGCUGGUCCGCCACCGCAGCUGUGAACCUACACUAGCCCUGGUGGUGCUGUGCCGCUGCCCGCCCGCUGUUGGCAGUCCACCGGCCGUCCCGAGUCGUGAGUGGGACGGUGGAUCGGUACCUCAGCCCUGGCCGCCCUCCGCGGUAUCUCAGAGCCACGGCGGGGUCCCGCCGGUCGAGCGGCAGCUCGAACUGAGGUUAGUGGUCCCUGGUCGAUCGAUGGUCGGCUCCAAUUCUAGGUUGAGGAAACAGGGGGAUUCUCAGACUCUGGAGCGAUCACUGCCGCAGAAGUGUUGAAUAGUGAGAGGUGUUGCCAAUUGUUUUCUAUGAGCUUUGUAUGGUGUGUGUUGGACGUGAUGCGUAUGGGAUCUGUUACGUGUGGCGAUUGAGCGCUGUUUGCCAAUAUAGGUACGUGGCGGAUA